ACCUUCAUUCAAAGGCAAAUACUGCAAAGAGGAGUAAGAAGGAAGGAAAAAGACAACAAAACCUAAAGUCAUUUGCUGCAGUGAGGAAACUCCGUAGUCUUUAACCUACAAGCACAGUAAAAUGUUGACUUUCCUUUAUCUGGUUGUAUUACUUAUCUGGAACACCCAAGCUAUGCCACUGAAGAACUUUCCUUGUGAAAAACUAGUCUACAACUCAUCAGUUAUUACAAAUUGCUUAAGCCGCAAACUGUCACAUAUCCCCACUGAACUGGAAUCCACAAAGGUCCUAAUGUUGUCGUUUAACUAUAUUAACAACAUAACAGAGACAUCAUUCCCUAAUAUAGGAACACUCAACAGUCUUUUGCUUGGUAAGCAAUUAGGGACAUAUUUUUAUGUGGGGAAGAAAGCCUUUUAUAAUAUCAGAAAUCUUACUUUCUUGGAUCUGGGUGGAAACCAACAUCUCAUUCUUCACAGUGAUGCCUUCACGGGCCUACAGAAUCUGAAAGAACUCUAUCUGGAUUAUAAUGGCCUUACUAACUCCAUAUUGGAGGGAGAAUACUUAAAUGGUCUUAUUUCCCUGCAGAAGCUGGUUCUUUCAGGUAACAAAAUCACAAGACUGAGACCAGGAUCAAGUUUUGAAAGCAUGAGGUUGCUUCAGUUUCUAGAUCUGAAAUCGAACAAGAUAAAAAUGGUCUGUGGUGAUGAUUUACAACACCUUCAAGGCAUGCACUUAUCCUUUGACCUGUCCUCUAACAUGUUGUCUUAUGAAAAUCUCUCACAGAACCAGUCAGCCUGCCUAAACCCUUUUAACAACAUCUCUAUAGGCACCCUGGAUAUUUCGUCUAACCCCUGGACUGUAGUGGGUGCUGAACAGUUCUUCAAAAGUAUAGCAAGAACCAAACUAGUAAGUCUCCAAAUGAAAUACAGUGGAGCAAUUGGUAGUUCCUUUGGAUUUAAGAACAUUGGAGAGGUGACUGCUGAAACAUUUUCAUGGCUCAGAGAAAGUCUCAUUCUCUCUUUUGAUAUUUCCAAGAGCUUUAUUUCUGAGUUGAACCCUUAUGUGUUUUCUGGACUCCCUGACAUGGUUAGCCUAACCCUGGCAUUCAACAAAAUUACCAAGAUUCACAAAAAUGCAUUCAGCGAUCUUGAAAAGCUUCGUAUCUUAAAUCUCUCCUUUAAUCUUCUUGGGGAAAUCUACACAGAAAGUUUUGAGACUCUAAACACCUCCUCACUUCAGUACCUUGAUUUGAGCUCUAAUCAUAUUGGAGUAAUCCAGUAUGGUGCAUUAAAUGGAAUGAAGUCACUUCAAACUUUGGACCUCCAAAACAAUGCACUGUCAUGCAUACCUCCUGUAAACCUAGCGGGACUCAAACAUGUCUUCCUUAGCCAAAACCGAAUAAAGAGCACACACGGUGUUCUUGAGUUCUCCAUGAAUGCAGAAUUGCUUGACUUAUCCUACAAUAAUCUUCAGAACUUGGGGGAGUUUGACAAUAUGAUGAAGCUUCCACACCUGCAGUACUUAAAUCUGAGUUAUAACUAUAUUUCUUAUUGUGGAGAUAAUGCUGGCAGUAUGCUAGUCAAUAAUCAGCUGAGAAUUUUAGAUUUGUCUCAUAAUUAUUUAACUGCAGUUUGGAAAGCAAACACUUGCUUGAAUGUUUUCCAUAAGUUAGGAAAGCUAGUAGCCUUGGAUCUGAAAAAUAAUUUCCUCACAGAGUUUCCACAAAACCUUUUCAAUGGACUGGUAUCCCUCCAAGUUCUAGAUGUUUCAAAGAACUAUGUCAGUUCCUUAUCAAAUGAGUUGUUACAUGGACUAAAGUCCUUAAAAGCACUUAAACUAAGCUACAACAGUAUUCUGACUCUAUCUCCAUCAAUGUUUGAAUCACUGUUUUCAUUGAAAUAUUUAGAUGUAAAGCAGAACCCGUUUAUCUGUGAUUCUAAACUUAAAGAUUUGGUGAAAUGGGUAAAGACAAACAAUAUACAGUUGACUGGCCCCAUGGAAGAAAUGACUUGUGCUUUUCAAACUCCAUCCACAUGGAUUUCCCUUAAUAUAUUGAAUGACAAUUACUAAUACUAAAACAUGUGCUUAGUAUAUUUUCAGGCACCUCUUUGUCCAUCAAACUUGCACAUCUUUUAUUAAAAACUGUAAAAGCUGUACAUAGAAAGAAGCUACUGUAUUUUUAAAUCAUAGCCAUCAUUGCUUUUUCAAUGGCUUAAUCUUUUUAUAAAAUCAUAACACUCAUGAUUCAUUUGUAUUCAUAUAUAUAUAUAUAUAUUGUUAUACUAUUAAAUGUAAACAAAACCAAUUCAGCAGAAACAUUGUUUCUUUAAAAAUAACACUAAAAUGUAAUGAUUCAGCAAUAUUAAAUGUCUUCAUUUAUAGAACUAUCUGUAUUGUUUAUUAUGAUGAUAAUGAAUAAUGCCUACUUCUUGAAAUGGUCAGGCAGACAACGUCUGUAUUUUGAAAAAUGUCCUUUGAGAAUAAGGUUCUAUUAAUCAGAUUUAAUAUUUUGCAAACACUCACAUCAUUUUGAACAGAAAAGCACUAAUGUCACAGUUGUCAUUAAUACUGGAGACCAUGCUGCUGGUUGUCAUUAAUGCUGAAGACUGUCUUACUAGUUUAACGCUAGAAGCCAUGUUGUUGGUUUCCAUUAAUACUGGAGACCAUACUAUUGGUUUGCAUUAAUGCUGAAUACCAUCCUGUUGGUUUAAUGCUGGAGUUCAUGUGGCUGAUUGUCAUUAAUGCUGGAAAUCAUGCUGCUGGUUCUCAUUAAUACCGGAGACUCUGCUGCUGGUUGCCAUUAAUGCUGGAGGCCAUGUUGCUGGUUACCAUUAAUGCUGAAGACCAUGUUACUGGUUGACAUUAAUGCUAGGGACCAUAAAGCUAGUUGCCAUUAAUAUUAGAGAGCAUGCUGCUAGUUCUCAUUAAAGUAGGAGACCAUGCUGCUGGUUACCACUAAUCCUGGAGACCAUACUACCGGUUACCAUUAAUGCUGGAGACCAUGUUGCUGCUUACCACUAAUGCUGGAGACCAUGCUGCUGGUUACCACUAAUGCUAGAGAUCAUGCUGCUGGUUACCAUUAAUGCUGGAGACCAUGCUGCUGGUUACCACUAAUGCUGGAGACCACACUGCUGGUUACACUAAUGCUGUAGACCAUGCUGCUGGUUACCAUUAAUGCUGGAGACCAUGCUGCUGGUUACCACUAAUGCUGGAGACCACGCUGCUGGUUACACUAAUUCUGGAGACCAUGCUGCUGGUUACCAUUAAUGCUGGAGACCAUGCUGCUGGUUACCACUAAUGCUGAAGACCACGCUGCUGGUUACCACUAAUGCUGGAGACCAUGCUGCUGGAUGACAUUAAUGCUGGAGACCAUUCUGCUGCUUGCUGUUAAUGCUGGAGACCAUAUUUUGGUUGUCAUUAACACUGGAGACCAUGCAGCUGUUUGUCAUUAACAGUGUAUACCAUGCUGCUGUUAGUUGUCAUUAGUGCUGGAGAUUAUGUUGUUAGUUGUCAUUAAUGCUGAAGGCCAUCCUGCUGGCUGUCAUUAACCUGGAGACCAUGCUGCCGGUUGUCGUUAAUGCUGAAGACUGUCUUGCUAGUUUAAUGCUAGAGGCCAUUUUGCUAGUUUCAAUUAAUACUGGAGGCCAUACUAUUGGUUUGCAUUAAUGCCGAAUACCAUACUGUUGGUUUAAUGUUGGAGGCCAUGCAGCUGAUUGUCAUUAAUGCUGGAGAUCAUGCUGCUGGUUCUCAUUAAUACCAAAGUUCAUGCUGCUUAUUGUUAUUAAUACUAUAGACCAUGCUGCUAGUGCUCAUUAAUGAUGGAGACCAUGCUGCUGGUUGUCAUUAAUGUUGGAGACCAUGGUGCUAUUCGCCAUUAAUGUUGGAGAUCUUAGUGCUAGUUCUCAUAAAUGCUACAGACCAUGUUGCUAGUUACCAUUAAUGAUAAAGACCAUGCUGCUGAUUGCCAUUAAUGUUGGAGACCAUGCUGCUGGUUGCCAUUAAUGCUGGGUACCAUGCUGCUAGUCACCAUCAAUGCUUGAGACCAUGUUGCUGAGAACAAGUGCUGUAAUUUAUUGUGGGUUAGAGUUUUUGUUUAUGUACUUCCUCUUAAGUAUGUGUCACCAAGACAACUAGAGUUAUUUUACUGAACAAAGGAGGGACUGGCAUAUAUAUAUAUAUAUAUAUAUAUAUAUAUAUAUAUAUAUAUAUAUCAAACACAAGCCCAAACCCAAGUAAACGGAGAAACCGGAAUGGAUUCCAAAACACUCACAGGACCAUGGAGUGCAGCUCACAAAACAUAAAAUGUAGACCACAAAGUUCAAAUUGUGAGUGUGUCGCCAAAAAAUGAAUACUUCCAAUAAUAAAAAACGAAUUUAAUAGUGCACAAACGUUAGCGCUUUCACGAAACCAACUGUUCGCUUCUUCAGACGUUACAUUUUAAAACAUACAUCCAAACUUAAUAAAUACUACACAUCAUUUCCUGUUUGUUAUGUCACUUCCACCAUAAUUAAAUUAAAAAGAUACACAUUAAAAUGCAUAAAGCUGUAAACAGAUGUAUAAAACAGCAACAAGCUAUAAAAGGUGAAAGCAAAAAUAUAUAUAUAGAACAUAUAUAAUAAUAUAAGGAUAUUAAAAACACAAUCCAUGGAAGCGCAAUCCAUAACAACGAAAGCAAGACUAUCUUAGAGGUCUUGCUUUCAAUACAGGUUGUAGGGAAAUAAAUUCAUUUAAUCCUACACCCCUGUGUGCUCCUAAACGGAAUAUCCAUUUCAUCUCAAUUUGCUCAGUAGUAUUUGUCAAAUCCCCGCCCCGCAUAUUAUGUCUAACCACAUGCAAGAUUUGGAACAAAAACCUAUGCUCUGGCCCAUGGGUUAACAUAUGUUUUGAGAUGGCACUGUAUGUCUCACCCCUAGAAUAGGCAUACAAGUGAUCGCGUAUGCGUUCUUUCAACGAUCUAUUUGUCUUCCCUACAUAAAAACAGAAACAGACCUGACAGCUGGCAACGUAGACAACGUCUCUGGUGUUGCAAUCAGAUCUGUUUCUGAUAUCCCACAAUCUCCCGUCAUUGGGAUUUCUAAAAAAUCUAGACUUAUCAAUAUAUACACAGUAGUUGCAAGAACCGCAACUGUGGGUGCCAAGAUCAGGCGGCAUACAAUUGAAAGUCCUAUCAUGGGUCAAACUAGGGAAGCAAAGAAUUUGUUUCAAGUUCCUACAAUUACUAAAAGCAUAGCUGGGACAAUUGCCAACAAUGUUUCUUGUGUGGGGGUCCAAGACCAGGACAUCCCAGUUCCUGGAAAUGACACUCUGGAUGGCUGCAAUAUUGUUGCCAAAAGGUAUGACUAAAGGUAAUUGUCUACUCACAGUACGUGGAACUGAUGGAACUACCCUUCGAUCAGAAAAAUGUGGCUUACCUCUAGUGUUUCUCAAGCGUGAUACAUGUUCACAAAUGUUAUUCACUUCAUCAAUCAGGUAUCCCCUGUUGACAAAACUAAUUUUCAACUUCUCUAAUUCCAAGUGAAAAUCCAAAUCACUUGAACAUAGCCGAGAAAUUCUCAGCGCUUGUCCCUUUAUGAUGUUC